AAAUAGAAUAGACCACUGUCUGACAGAAGCUUGAAGGCCCCAGUUUAUACUUCUUGGAUAAAUAUUAUUUGGUAAACAUGGCCUUAUUCAGUAAAAUAAGACCAUUGGUGAACCUUAGUAACGUAACAUUAAAAAAUGCUGUGGCCAAGCGGCCCAUGUCAGACCACAAGGUCUUCCCUUUGGGCCCAAGCAGAUGGCAAUGGAAUAAAACAAAAGAUCUGUUGCACUUCUAUUUGAUGUUGGGUAUCAUCCCUUGUGGACUUGGAGUUCUUUAUGCUAAUGUCUUUAUUGGGCCUGCUACUCUCCAAGAAAUACCAGAAGGAUAUGAACCAAAAUAUUGGGAAUACUUCAGAAGCCCAAUUUCCCGUUUCUUGGCUAGAUAUGUAUUCACUAAUCCACAACAAGAAUAUGAAAAAUACUUAUGCUACAUGUAUGUGGAAGAAGAGAAAAGGAAGCUGAGAGAAGUAGAGGAACAAAUCAGACAGAAGAUGGCUGAAAGAAGAGAUUAUCAAGCAUAUUACUACAGACCAGUUUUAGCUAAAUAUUACAGAGAAAAUCGCCAAGCAGCUGAUUAUUUGGAUUCCAUUCGUGGAGAUUAAGACAAUUGUUUAUCAACAUUUGUAGUAUAUUGUACCUAAUGUAUAUUUAAUUCAAUAAAUUUGUUAACAGGCA